GACGCCCGGCGCCGACGUCGUUUUUAACGCGUCGACGAGCCGCGUGCUGUUAGUAAUCUCACCCAAUCCGAGAGACUCAUAAGUAUAUAUAAAAAAAAAAAAAAAAAAAAAAAAAAAAAACAGGGGGAAAAGGAAAACGGGAAAAGAGAGGAAGAAAAAAAGGAGGAUCGUUAGAAUAAUCAACCCUCUCUCUCUUUUGUCGCGGGGGGGGAGGGGAGGUACGCGUUGGCACAUCAUUAAGAUGCAACGGUGAAAAACGUAACUGGUCGUCUUCCGGGGUUGAACGACUAACCGCGUCUCCCGAAGGAAAAAAAGAAAAAGAAAAGAGAAAAAAAGAGCGAAACAUACCAAAUAAGAUACUACGAGGGUGGAAUAAGGGGGUGAGAAGGAAAUAGAGAAAGAGAGCAAGAAGGGAGAGGGAGAGGGAGAGAGAGAGAGAAAGAAAGAGAGAAAGAGAGAAAGAGAGAAAAAGAGAAAAAGAGAUAUGUUCGCUUCGCGGUGAGCACCACGCUUCGAUAUCUCGUCGCAUCGUGCGGUGAGGGGAAGGAUCAUAAUCUUUCGUUAUAAUUUCUUAGUGUCUUUAUAUUUUUUUCUUUUAUUUUCUUUUUGAAAUGGGUACAGCCGGUCGCGAUUUCGAGCGCGAUCGAGAAGACGGAUUGCACUGUCGGAUUUGUGCGUGCGACGUUACUGGAACCAACGGUAUCAACAUUUUCACCGAGGAUGGUAGACGGCACUACCUGCAGACCAAAAUACGCAAAUAUCUCUACAUCUUGGUAUCCUCUGAAGAUAAAUUAUCAAAGAUGGUUUGUUUAACGUGCAUCAAAAGAUUGGAAGGAGUACAUCGUUUUGCAAUGAUGGCAUAUUGUACACAAGAAAGAUUAAGGUUACAAUUAUAUGAAAAUUUGGACAAUAUAAAUUCUGUUCAAGAUAUGGAGGAACAAAGUUUAAAGGAUAUACAAGAAACUACUAAAAAAGUAGAAGAUAGAGGAUUAUUACAUUCAAUUCUUACAAAAGGUGCCAUAGAAAUUUUAGCAGAAGGCGAACCACUUGGACCAUCUGAAUUAUCCCAUCUAUCUGAAGAAGAAAAAAGUCAUACUCCAAGUAUGGAAGAAAUGGAAGUCAAAGUAGAUCCAAUGUUAUUUUUACAAUGCUGUAUGGAACAAUCGGCUUCAGAUAUAUCAGAUACAUCAGACCUUGAAGAAAGUGCGAUCAGAACUCAUUCUUCUGAAUUAUCGAGUUUAACAAACAAAGAGAUAGAAAUAGAAAAGCAGAAAACAAGGGAAUCUAGUGACAAUAAACUUAAUGAAGAAACUAAUGAAGAUAAUUUAAAUACAACAAAACAAUAUGAAUGUACGAUAUGUACACGAUCCUUCAUAUCAGAGAUUGGUUUAAGAAAUCAUUUAUGGUCACAUCUGCCAAGAGAAAGAUGCUUGGAUGGGAAAUCUGUUUUGAGAUCGCAACAAGUUCAUUCAACAAAUGGCGUGCUACAUACGAAUGUUGAUAACAAUUCCUCUGCUAACUUCGUUUGUCCAAUUUGUGGUAAAAAGAUUUCUACAAAAGGAAACUUGAAAGUACAUUUAGAAACUCACAGGCCUAAAGGAAAAUAUGGAUGCGAUAUAUGUGGCCGAAUUUUCAAAACACAAUCGAAUUUAUGCAGGCAUAAAGAAUAUCAUGGUGAAAUUAGAUUUCCAUGUAAUGUUUGUGGAAGAGUUUAUCCAACUAAUUCAACUCUUCGAGCUCAUAGUAUAACGCAUUCCGACUUAAGACCACAUGCCUGUCCUCUUUGUGAUAAAACAUUCAAAAGGAAUCAGGAUUUGAAAUUUCAUAUAAAUCAACAUACUGGUGCAAGGCCUUACCAAUGUCCUUAUUGUCCAAAAGCGUUUGCCAGUUCUGGUAAUUGUUUUUCACAUCGUAAAAGAAUGCAUCCUCGAGAAGUACAUAGAGAUAGGCAAAGGGCAGCAGAUUUAAUGAGAUGAGCUGUGAGUAACCAAAACGAAGAAUGGAGUUUUAGCUGAACACAGUAUUUGAUAGAAACAAUUUUAUAAACUUUUUUUAGCUGUAUUAUACAGAAAAAAAAGCUUUACUUUUGAGAUUAACGGUGCUAAUCCACAAAGUGAUGAUAGUUUUAUAUGUUUUUAUUUUUUUUAAUUUUGAAAUUUAAUAUACUAUUGUUAAUAAUGUUGAUAAUGUUGAUAAUAUACUUUAUUGCUCAGAAAAUAUGUAUUCUUGUUUGUUGUAACAGAAUAUCAUAAGCAUACACAAUUAUCAUUGAUAAAAACAAAAAUACUUCCAAUAGUCAUAAUUAAUUUUGAUUACUAAAUGCACAAGUAGGUUUGAAAUUUC